AUGACAGACCAAGAACCAUCCCAGAAAAUCCUCAUCGCACCCUCAGAAGCCCAACGCCUUGUCCAAGAUAUCCUCCAAGGAAACGGCAUCCCAUCAGAGAACGCUGCCAUCAUCGCUCAAUGUCUCAUAGCAGCCGACUUGCGAGGUGUAGACACCCAUGGCAUGAACCGUAUACCUUCGUACAUGGAGCGCAUUCGUCAAGGCGUCCUCAAUGCUACAGCCCAACCCAUCCUCACCCAAGUGACUCCCGCGGUGGCUCAAGUCGACGGCCAAAAUGGCUUCGGUUUUGUGGCCGCUCAUAAAGGAAUGGCUGCUGCGAUUGAGUCUGCGCGCAUCUUCGGUAUCGGAAUGGCGAGCAUCAAGCACUCUAACCACUUUGGUAUGAGUGCCUGGCUCGUGCAGCAAGCCCUUGAUGCCGAUAUGAUGAGUCUUGUCUUUACCAACUCGAGUCCUGCUCUUCCUGCCUUCGGCGGCAAGUCUAAGCUCAUGGGCGUUUCUCCUCUUGCUUGUGGCGCACCGGGCAAAGGGCCAAUGGAGAACUUCAUCCUCGACAUGGCACCUUCCGUGGCAGCGCGAGGAAAGAUUUAUAAAGCGAAGCGACGAGGUGAAAAGAUUCCUUUGGACUGGGCUCUCGAUUCAGAGGGUAGACCUACAGACGACCCUGAAGCUGCCCUGGGUGGUGUCAUGUUACCCAUGGGCGGCCCAAAGGGUUCUGCACUGUCUGUAAUGAUGGAUGUUUUUUCGGGAGUUCUAUCGGGUUCUGCGUUUGCAGGACACGUAACUGGACCGUAUGACCCAUCCAAGCCAGCAGAUGUAGGUCAUUUCCUGGUUGCCAUCAAGCCCGACCUCUUUAUGAGUCUUGAUGACUUCCGCGAAAGAAUGCAGUAUUUGUAUGAACGAGUGGUUGGGUCGGAAAAGGCUGCCGGUGUUGAUAGGAUUUACUUCCCUGGUGAGAUCGAGCAGUUGAAUCGUAAGGAGAGAGAGAAGACGGGGAUUCCGCUUGUGCAGGCUGAGAUUGAUGCUUUGAAUGCUGAGGCGAACAAGGUUGGGGUAGAGCCAUUGAGAUAA